CUCAAAUUGAACCACUUUGUUUGAUUUUCUCUUGGAAAACAAUAGCAUAUAUAUAGUUAGAACCAUGUCUGUUGAAAAGUUAGAACUGUUGAAGAUCGAAGAAGGUGUCCCAGAGACCCCAGUUGCCGCUUCAGAAGCCGCUCCAGCCGCCGCUCCAGCCGCCACUGAAGGAGAAGUCAUUCUUGGUGAAGAUGGACUCCCACUCUCCAAAAAGGCCUUGAAAAAAUUGGAAAAGGAAAGGGAAAAGGCCAAGAAGAAGGCUGAAAGAGAAGCUCAACUUGCCAAGGAAAAGGCCGAGAAGGAAGCCAAAGCUGCCAAUGACCCAGCUAGAGUCAACUAUGGGAAGUUACCUCUCAUCAACUCCAGUGUCAAGACUGACACCACCAGAAUUCAAAUCAAGGACUUGUCUGCCGCCAAUGAUGGGGAUGAAGUUGUGUUCCGUGCUAGAGCCCAUAACUCCAGACAACAAGGUGCCACCAUGUGUUUCUGGGCCUUGAGACAACAACAAGACAUCAUCCAAGCGCUUAUUAAGGCCAAUGGAGACUCUAUCUCCAAGCAAAUGGUCAAAUGGGUUGGAGGAAUCAACUUGGAAUCCAUUGUUUUGGUCCAUGGUGUUGUUAGAAAGGUUGAAGAGGAAAUCAAGUCUGCCACCGUGCAAGACGUUGAAAUCCAUGUCACCAAGAUUUACACUAUUCAAGAAACUCCAGAACAACUCCCAAUGUUGAUUGAAGAUGCCACCAGAACCGAUACUGUGGUCAACUUGGAUACCAGAUUGGAUUCUAGAGUCAUUGACUUGAGAACACCAACCAAUCAGGCCAUUUUCAAGAUCCAGGCUGGGGUUUGUGCCUUGUUUAGAGAAUUCCUUCUGCUCAAGGGGUUCACUGAAAUCCAUACCCCAAAGAUCAUUGCUGCUGCCUCCGAAGGUGGAUCCAAUGUAUUUGAAGUUUCUUAUUUCAAAAGAUCUGCCUAUUUGGCCCAAUCCCCACAACUUUAUAAGCAACAAUUGAUAGCUGCUGAUUUCGAAAAAGUUUACGAAAUUGCGCCAGUUUUCAGAGCUGAAAACUCCAACACUCACCGUCAUAUGACCGAAUUCAUUGGUUUGGAUAUGGAAAUGGCAUUUGAAGAACAUUAUGAUGAAGUUGUUGACGUUUUGGCCGAUUUGUUUGUGUUUAUUUUCACUGAAUUGAAGAAGAGAUAUGGUAAGGAAAUCGCCACCGUAAGAAAGCAAUACCCAGUUGAAGAAUUCAAGAUCCCAGCCAAUGGUGAAAUGGUCAAGAUCCCAUUCAAGGAAGGUGUCGCCAUGCUUAAGGCCGCCGGUCGUGACGUUGGUGAGUACGAUGACUUGUCGACUGAAAAUGAAAAGUUUUUGGGUAAGCUUGUCCGUGAGAAGUAUGACACCGAUUUCUACAUUUUGGACAAGUUCCCAUUGGCCGUGAGACCAUUCUACACCAUGCCAGAUGCUGAGGACCCACAAUACUCCAACUCGUACGAUUUCUUCAUGAGAGGUGAAGAAAUCUUGUCUGGUGCCCAACGUAUCCACGACCCAACCUUGUUGAAGCAAAGAAUGAGAGAACACGAAGUCGACCCAGAAACCCCAGGUGUUAGCGACUACGUCAACGCCUUCACCUACGGGUGUGCUCCUCACGCCGGUGGUGGUAUUGGUUUGGAAAGAGUCGUUAUGUUCUUCUUGGACUUGAAGAACAUCAGAAGAGCCUCCUUGUUCCCAAGAGACCCAAAGAGAUUGACUCCAUAGAGCCGCCGCCCCCAUGACAACAUUGAAAGGAUAAGAGAUGAAAUAGAAAUAAAAUACAGUUU